GUGUGCAUCCAGUUAGUGGGAGUUAGCUGUGUAAUGGCGGCCGUAGUGUUGUUGUCUGUGGAGAGUUCCGGUCCCGGGUUCGGGAUCGGCGGCCAGAAUAACAGCGGAACCGGAGCGUCUGGGAACGGCCACGGGGUAGCGGGACCUGCAUCAUGGAACCGUUCUUUGGACCGGGCCCUGGACGAGGCGUCCGUGACUGGCUCCCUGAACCUCAGCGGCAGGAAGCUAAAGGAGUUCCCGAAAAGCGCCGCAAACCACGACUUGACUGAUACAACUCAGGCCGAUUUGUCCCGAAACCGGCUGUCAGAGCUGCCGAUGGAAGUGUGCCACUUCGUGUCCCUGGAGAGCCUGAACCUCUAUCAGAAUUGUAUCCGGCAGGUCCCUGACUCAGUGCUCAACCUGCAGUCACUCUCCUACCUGAACAUCAGCCGGAACCAGCUGUCCACCCUGCCCGGGUCACUGUGCAGCCUGCCCCUCAAGGUGCUCAUCGCCUGCAAUAACAAGCUGCUCUGCCUGCCAGAGGAGAUAGGACAUCUCCGCCAGCUCACAGAGCUUGACGUGAGCUGCAACGAGAUCCAGACGCUGCCUUCUCAGGUUGGCCAGUUGGAGGCGCUGCGGGACCUGAACAUCCGCAGAAACCACCUGGCCCGGCUGCCAGUGGAGCUUGCAGAGCUGCCACUGGUCCGGAUAGAUUUCUCCUGCAAUAAAAUCGCCACAAUCCCAGUGUGUUACCGGAAUCUGAGGCACCUGCAGACAAUUAUACUGGAGAACAACCCUCUUCAGUCUCCCCCUGCACAGAUCUGUAUUAAGGGCAAAAUUCACAUAUUUAAGUACCUAAACAUAGAGGCCUGUAAGACCGCCCCUGAUCUGCCAGAAUAUGACAGAAGACCGGCUGCCUUCGGAUCCUGUCAUGAAGACCUGUACCCCAGCCGGACGUACGGAGCGCUGGACUCGGGGUUCAACAGUGUGGACAGCGGGGACAAGAGGUGGUCUGGGAAUGAGCCCACAGAUGAGUUCUCAGACCUGCCGCUGCGAGUGGCAGAGAUCAAAGAGCAGCGUCUGCGCAGAGAGAGCCAGUACCUUGAGAGCAGGACUGGGACACUUGUAUUCAACGGGACUGUGGAGCAUGAUGUGGAGCAGAUUGACUUCAUAGACAGCUGUCCCACAGAGGAAGAAGAUGAGGAGGCGCGUACGCACAAGGGGGCCGAUCGAGACAGCCUCAGCUCACAGUUCAUGGCAUACAUCGAGCGCAGGAUCAGCCACGAGGGCUCCCCGGUGAAGGCCAGUCCCACGAGGGAUUUGUUACGAACAGACGAUUCACGGAGAUGCCAUCCCCUCCCCAGCAGGAAUGGUGGAUGCACAUCGCCAUCAAGUCCCUACAACCAGUGUUCUUACAGAGGUCAGGCCGGGGUGGAACGAGCCCGCAGAGAGGCCCAGCUGGCAGCGCUGCAGUAUGAGGAGGAGAGGCAGAGGACCAAGCAGAUCCAGAGAGAGGCCAUCCUGCACUUUGUCAAGGUAGACCCACCUCCUCCCUCCUCUACACUCCCGACUGUCCUGGACUUCAAGCACAAAACGACACAGAGCCCCACAAAACAGAGCCCCACAGACAGUGAGCGCCUUUUCCCCUCCAGACGUUCCCAGCACACGGACGACUCAGCGCUCUUAGUGAAUGGGUAUCAGCCCCUCAUGGUGUUUGAAAUAGACACUAACACCAAUACCAUUAAGAGGAGACCAGGAACUCACAAACAGUCUCUCUCUGGGACGUCCCAGGAUGGUUGUGCCUCUCAUGUCUCUCCUGCAGCAGCAGUUCCCUCCCCCUGCUGUCCACUCCAGCAGAAUGAUGAGAGAUCCCCGCUUUCACAGAGUGCCUGUUUCCUCCAAUCAGCCCUCCAAUCACCUCCCUACCCUGGCCCUGCUUCCUCGCCCUCCUACCGAAGCCCCUCCCAUCGCCCCGAGAGCUUCCUGUUCCGCGCGGCUCUGAGAGAGGAGGUUAAGAGAGCAGUGACCCCAGUGCUGUCCCCUACAGCCGCCGUGUCCUCCACGUCCCCUGUGUGUCCGGGGUUCGAUUCUGAGGAGCCGAGGAGCCCGCAGAGCGAUGGGGAGCUGGGAGAAGACGCUCCGCUUGCAGAGGAGCUACGCAAGAAUAUCGAGUCCCGGUUGAAAGUGUCGCUGCCUAGUGACCUGGGGGCGGCCCUGACGGACGGAGUGGUGCUCUGCCACCUCGCCAAUCACGUGCGGCCGCGGUCCGUGUCCAGCAUCCACGUGCCAUCUCCCGCUGUGCCCAAGCUGACGAUGGCGAAGUGUCGACGGAACGUGGAGAACUUCCUGGAGGCAUGCCGCAGGCUGGGUGUGCCGCAGGAGAGCCUGUGUCCUGCAGGGGCUGUGCUGCAGGGUGACCCCAGCUGCCUGUACCGGACACUGGAAGCGCUGCUGUCUAUCAGGAUCCCCCCUGCAGCCCCUGCCUCAGCGCCGCUGCUGGCCGGAUUCGCUCUGUUUUACCUCACUGUGAUGUUUCUGCUCUGCGCACUGUACUACCAGCUCUCUGUGCUCUUCUAGCUCUCUGCGCUCUAAGGCUCUCUGACCCCUGCCCUUGUGGGGGGGGGACAAGCCACCAGCUGUGUCGGGAGACGAGACAGAAAGUUCAUUCAGUUGUACAUUCCAGGGAUCCCGAUUUGUCCAUGGGGAUUGUGAUCGCAUCCUUUCAUGCAUGUCCAGACCUAGGGCUUAGUAGAUCCUGUAACUUUGAAUUAGACAUUCUCUUCAAGUAAUAGCACAAUGUAAAAAUAAAAUUAAAAUACUAUGAGAGUAAUGCCUUAAUGGUACAGCAUUUUUUUUUUUUUUACUCUACUCAGGAUACUGUUAAGUAGCACAAGAAACUGAAUUGAAUUAACAAUGAAAUUCAGGAAAUGCCAUUGCUUUCCAGUACCCUGUUCCCCUUCACUGACACAGAGCAUCGGGUGGCUUGGUCACUCCCCUGGGCAGGAUGCUGUGGCUGGCGUCAGCUACAGUUUGUCUUGCUGUGUGUUGCUAUGGACUGCCUAAUCUUAUGCAUUCCUUGGAGUCUGGACAGUAAACCUGUUACAGGCCUGGACAACUAACUCCCUGUGGCUUGAACUGAAGCAUCGUCUAUAGCAUUUUAGAGUUCCUGCUGUAGGCGAUUAUUCAAGCAACCCGUGGGUUACACAGACCCCAGCUUGUGUCUGAGCAGAAGAAAGUGUCUCGCGUUUUCAAAGGCACCCUGAGCUUCCUUCUCAAGGGCUUGUGAUGAAUCCUCGGCACAAAACAUCCUCCAGACCUCCACUGUGAAUGGCACUGAUGGGGGAAAUCAGAUCUGAACUAUCUUUUCGUUUUGUUCGGGUUUCAUACGGUGGGUUGAAAAAUACACAAGUAUUGUCAGAACUGUUCCCAAUGUAAUCGCCAAAAGUCCUACACUGCGUUGUGUUUGAUUGUUUCGUGUACAUCAGCAAGACUGGAAUUUAGCCUAUUGAUUGUAUAGCUUUAUAUUAGUGUGAAGAAGAAAGAAAACAAAAUCUGUAACAGAAAUGCCAUGUUAGUAGUUGCAUCGGAUGAUGUCGUGUUUACUGAGAUGAUAACCGUGGAAAAAAAAAAGAAACAGCAGGGAUUUCAGUAUGACUGCAUCUAAAGAGGAGCGGUUAUGAAUUGUUAAGCAGGGGAGUGUCUGUGUUUUAAAUGUGUGAUUUACCAUGUGUGCACAGGGUCAGUUUUUUGCUUAGCUUGGCAAUCCCUGCAAGGAUAUUAAAGGCACAGUCCAAUCCAGGUUUUGUAUCCCCUGAUCCUCUGUGCAUCCUGCUGGAUCUCCUAGCUGCUCCUGACCCAGAGUGAAACAGCCUGUUCUGUAGCUGGUAUUUAAGAUACCAGGCUUUGGUAAUGACUGCUUUAACGAUGAGAGAUGAGAAAUGACAGAAGUGUAUUAUUUUGCAAUAAGACUCCAGUGUGUUUGUGUUGCUGUGAUGCCUCAAAGCUGUUCCAGUGCCUUUGUGUCCUUCCCUGGUGUUUACAGAUGAAAUGAGUUUGUGUUUGUUCCAAUGGGGACACGGUAUGAUAAGGAGAGAUCUGUUGCUCUGAGUGCAUGUGUAUUACCUUCAUGAUGACAAAGUGUUCCUUCUGUAAUGAGCUUUAUCAAUAAAUGCAACCUGUUUGUAA